GGGUAUAUAUAGACUGAGAAGGGAACUGGACAGUCCUGGCAGUCAAAAUGAGGCUUUUCCUCCCCUUCUGCUGCCUGCUGUCUCUACUGGCCCUCACCACUGCAGCAGAUGCAGUGGGGUCUGAGACUGAGCCGCUAUUGCCGCUCCAGCUGAAGUCUGAAGGACAGCUGUUCAACUGCUGUGAUGGCACAGAGGAUAUCAGUCCAAGCUCCUCCAAUGACACUCCUGCACCAAACAGACCUGUCUGCCAACCCUGUGGCACCGGUGCUCAUAUUGACACCGAGGCAGAAGAUGUCAGCUCUAACGAGGACGAAGAGGAUGAGGCUGUUUCAGAAGAGAAAUCUGAUGAGUUGAGUCAAGAUGAGGCCUCUUCUGAAGAGAUAUCUGAGGAGGAAGCACAUGAAGAGGAGGCAGAAGUUGAGUUAGAGGCAUCCAAUGAAGUGGUGGAGGAGGACGUUCUUGAGGAGGCACAUGAUGUGAGGGAGGAGGAGGAGGAGGAGGAGGAGGAGAAUUCAGAGGUAGACAGUGAUUUAGGGGCACAAAUGGUUGUUGAGGAAUCUGUUGAAGAGGAAGAGGCAGGUGAGGAAGAGGAACUUUCUCAGACUGAAGAAGAGGUAGUUGAGGUAGAGGAGGGUCUUCAGAUUGAAGAGGAGGCAGGUGAGGAAGAGGAACUUUCUCAGACUGACGAAGAGGUAGUUGAGGUAGAGGAGGGUCUUCAGACUGAAGAGGAGGCAAGUGAGGAAGAGGAACAGACUGAAGAAGAGAUAGUUGAGGUAGAGGAGGGUCUUCAGACUGAAGAGGAGGCAAGUGAGGAAGAGGAACAGACUGAAGAAGAGAUAGUUGAGGUAGAGGAGGGUCUUCAGACUGAAGAGGAGGCAAGUGAGGAAGAGGAACAGACUGAAGAAGAGAUAGUUGAGGUAGAGGAGGGUCUUCAGAUUGAAGAGGAGGCAAGUGAGGAAGAGGAACAGACUGAAGAAGAGAUAGUUGAGGUAGAGGAGGGUCUUCAGACCGAAGAGGAGGCAAGUGAGGAAGAGGAACAGACUGAAGAAGAGGUAGUUGAGGUAGAGGAGGGUCUUCAGAUUGAAGAGGAGGCAAGAGACGAAGAGGAACUUUCUCAGACUGAAGAGCUAUUGGAGCAGGUGGAAAAAAGAUCAGAAGAGGUAGCAGAGGAAGAGGACAUAGAAGAGGAAGCUGUAACAGAGGAAGAAGAAGUUCCUGAGGUUGAACCAGAAGAACCAGAAGCCUUAGAAAUGGUGGAAACAGAAGAGAUUGAGGACCUUGCAGCAGAUGUUGUUGAAGAGGUUGUUGAAUUGGCCAAAGAGGCGACUGAGAAGCUUGUAGAACCAACUUCAGAGCAAAUCAUGGUCCAAGAAGAAGUUCCUGCACCGGCUGAAGAAGUAACGGUGGAAGAAGUGUCAGAUGAUAUACCAGCAUCUAAAGCGUCUGCCGAAGUGGAGGAAACAACCCCCUCAGGUUCUGCCUCAAGAGAUCGAUCUCACAUUGAAGAGACGCUGCGUCUGGCAACAGCUGAACCUUCACGGGAAUUUGUUGACGCUCUGAAGAAGCUGCAGCAUGUCUACCACACUGCCAUUAAACCCUUGGAGAAUGCCUACAAAUACAAUGAGCUCAGGCAGCAUGAAGUAUCAGAUGCAGAGAUCACCUCUAAGCCCAUGGUCCUGUUCCUCGGUCCCUGGAGCGUUGGCAAGUCUUCCAUGAUCAAUUAUCUUCUGGGUCUCCAUGACACUUCACAACAGCUUUACACUGGGGCUGAGCCCACAACCUCAGAAUACACUGUCCUAAUGCACGGGGAGAAGGUCCGCAACAUCGAGGGCAUUGUUAUGGCUGCGGACAGUUCCCGCUCUUUCUCGCCACUGGAGAAGUUUGGUCAGGGGUUCCUGGAAAAGCUGGUGGGAAUCGAGAUGCCGCACAAACUCCUGGAGCGCGUCACAUUUGUGGACACACCUGGAAUCAUUGAGAACCGCAAACAACAAGAGAGAGGGUACCCCUAUAGCGAAGUGUGCCAGUGGUUUAUCGACCGCGCUGACCUCAUCUUCCUGGUGUUUGACCCAACCAAACUGGACGUCGGGUUAGAACUCGAAAUGCUGUUCAGACAGAUGAAGGGACGCGAGUCGCAGAUCCGCAUCAUCCUCAACAAGGCCGACAGUCUGACAACCCAGGACUUGAUGCGUGUAUACGGCGCCCUCUUCUGGAGCAUGGCCCCCCUGAUUAAUGUGACUGAACCCCCGCGCGUCUACGUGAGCUCCUUCUGGCCGCAGGACUACAAUCCUGACACCAACAGAGACCUUUUUAAACGUGAGGAGAUCUCCUUGCUGGAUGACCUAAAUCAGGUCAUUGAGAACCGCCUGGAAAACAAAAUCGCCUUCAUCCGCCAGCACGGCAUCCGCGUGCGCAUCCACGCCCUCCUAGUCGACCGCUACUUGCAGACGUAUCACGAGAAGUUGGGCUGGUUUAGUGACCCACAGGAGGUUUUCCACGAUAUCGUCAGUGACCCUGACAAAUUCUACAUCUUCAAGUCCAUUCUGGCCAAGACCAAUGUGAGCAAGUUCGACUUGCCAGAACCGGAGGCGUACCGGGACUUCUUUGGAGUGAAUCCUCCCGGCGGCUUUAAGGUCCUCUCCUCAUACUGUGGCUGGACUGGAGGAUGCCUGCUGGAGAAGAUUGAUAAGGCCAUCACAGAUGACCUGCCGGCUUUGCUCAGCAGUUUGGCAGAGAAAAGGGAAGCCAAGGAAGAGGCAGCUGCAGAAGCCAAGGAGAAACCCCAAAACCGUUGGCGAAGACAGUAAAAGAAGAACGGAGUGAGGGUUUAUUUUCUACCUGAGGCACAAUCAGUCAAGUCUGAGGGCACCAAAGCGUUGAAUGAAUGGAUGGAUGAGAAUUACAGUUAUGAAUAAAUGGUUAUAAAUAAAGCAAGGAAGGGAGAGAGUAAAAGUGACAUAACAUUUGUGAGAUUCACAUCAACGGGAAGCCAAGUUAAACACAGAUACUUUUAC